AUUAUUUUGCAGGAUGUGCGCAUAUUUCUUGACGGAGCAAAGAACGGAGCCAUCGUAAUAUCAUUAGGAACAAAUUUGAAAUGGAAAGAUAUCGGCAUAGACAAGAUUGAAACCGUUCUACUGGUUCUGUCGAAACUGAAGCAACGAGUGCUGUGGAAGCUAGAUAUUGAAGUGCCAUUUGAGAUACCGGACAAUGUAAUGGUUGUGAAAUGGAUGCCGCAAAGCGAAGUUUUAUCUCAUAAAAAUGUAAGAGCAGUCUGGACACAUGGUGGUCUUCUCAGUACGCAGGAAGCCAUUUGGAAAGGUAUACCGAUGAUUGUAAUGCCUUUCUUUAUGGAUCAAAAAUCCAAUACAGAAAUAUUAGUAACUAAAGGCGUUGGCGUAUACUUGGACAUUAAAACUUUGUCCGCUCAAUCUUUAUUACACGCAAUUGAAGAAGUACUUUACAAUGAAAGUUAUACAAGAAAUAUGAAACGAUUAUCUAGCGAAUUCAGGGAUCGGCCAAUACCGCCAUUAGAUUUAGCUGUUUGGAGUAUUGAAUACACAGCCCGUCAUCCAAAUGGAACUUUAGUAACGCCGCUGAGAUCUCAAAGCUGGGUAGAACAAAAUCUGAUAGAUGUCUACGCAUUUUUGUUCUUUAAUUUCUUUAUAAUAUUGUUAAGUAUAUUCUUUGUAAUAAAGCUAUUUAUUAAUUUCUGUUAUAAUUAUAUGUACACCGCAGUUAAAUUAAGCAAGAGCAAACAAGCGUAAGUCGUAGAAACAUUAACAGGCUUUGCGUGCAGUUGCUGCAUAUAAUGUUAAUGUAAAGAAGUGAAAUUACCGUAAAUAUAGAAAAUGUUGUAUUAUUUAAAAUUGUAAUUAAUAAUAAAAUAUGUUACACUAAAUUGUAAAAUAAAUCAAGAUGUAGUAAGUACACCACGAUCGUGGUGAAUAAAAACAUUUAAUAAAAUCUUUUUGUUGUAUAAAA